CCUUUUCUCAACAAAACAAUAAACAUUGAGAGGGACUGCACUCUGCAGACUGUUACUUUUUAACGCCGGGUAGCUGUUAAAACUGCUUUGCUGUCGCCUGAGGUUUAGGUUCCAUCUACAAGGCUGAAACAUGGACAUCGAACGACUGCCAAAUCCAGCACAUCACCACAGCAAAAAGCUGAAAACUGGUAAAGACAAGAAAGAGGCGAAGGAAAGGAAAGGUAUUUUGAUGUCUUUUGUGACUGGCGAGACAAUGGAAAUUCCAGAUAAAGAUAUUAUGGGUCGGUGCAGAUCUGUUUCAGAAUUUGAAAAGUUGAAUAGAAUCGGUGAAGGAACAUAUGGAAUCGUUUACCGCGCAAGAGAUACCAAAAAUGACAGUAUAGUUGCAUUGAAAAAAGUAAGGAUGGAGCACGAGAGGGACGGACUACCUUUGAGCGGUCUCCGAGAAAUUUCCGUACUGCUCAGCUGUUCACACGAGAAUAUUGUUCAGCUGAAAGAAGUCGUUGUUGGGCGUAGCCUAGAAAGCAUAUUCCUGGUCAUGGAGUACUGCGAACAAGACCUGGCGAGCCUGCUGGACAAUAUGCAAGCCCCAUUUACAGAAGCUCAAGUAAAAUGUAUCAUGAUCCAAGUACUUAAAGGUUUGAGGUAUCUCCACAGCAACUUUAUCGUCCACCGAGAUCUUAAGGUUUCAAAUUUAUUGAUGACUGACAAAGGAUGUGUCAAAAUAGCUGAUUUUGGGUUAGCAAGAUGGUACGGUUUGCCAGUGCAACCCAUGACUCCACAAGUGGUCACACUAUGGUACAGAUCACCUGAACUUUUACUUCAAGCUAAAACGCAAACUACAGCUGUUGAUAUGUGGGCAGCUGGUUGUAUUUUAGGAGAGCUUUUAGGCCACAGGCCUCUCCUGCCGGGAAGAAGUGAGCUUGCCCAACUUGAGCUUAUUGUCGAUUUGCUAGGAACCCCUUCGGAUUCAAUCUGGCCUGAAUAUUCUAGUCUCCCAGCGCUUGCUAAUUUUACUCUUAAGCAUCAACCGUAUAACAACCUUAAACAGCGUUUUCCUUGGCUUUCUGCAGCAGGACUAAGGCUUUUGAAUUUUUUGUUCAUGUUUGAUCCUAAAAAGCGAGCAACCGCAGAUGAAUGCUUGCAGAGUUCAUAUUUCAAAGAAGCACCUCUUCCUUGUGACCCAAAAAUGAUGCCAACAUUCCCCCAACACAGAAAUAUGAAAGGGUCUGGCAAAUCGGCCAAUAUUCCAAAUCAUUCUAAUCAAUCCGCAGUUGACACUGGAGCAAACGAUCAGACAAUGAAUCUUCCAGCAAUUACAGAUUUGCUGGGUUCGUUGGUCAAGAAAAGAGUCUAUGACUAAAUAGAAAGGAUUAGUAAUCUAAAAAAAACUUUUUUUAAAUAUUACAUUCUGUUAUAUUAUUUUUUUAAAAUAAAUUUUAAUGGGGACUAUUGUAAGUAAAUGAGUCUCAUAAAAUUGAUGAUGUUCCAAAGACA